AUUUUUAAAUUACCAGCUUUUUCUCCCCACAAGGAAUAUUCAUUCAAGAAGGAGAGCAAUUAGUCAGAAUUACAGCUCUGGAACCUGACUGCCUGAGUUGAAAUUCUUGCCCCCCAUCCUCCUUUCAUUAAUUAUGUGCUUUUGGGCAAAUGACACCUCAGCCUCCCCAUCUGUUUAAUUCUUAUAACUUACUAGAAUCAUUGGAUGAAUUAAAUAAAUUCAUAUACAUGAAGUUAUUAAAACAUAGUAGUCAUUUAAUCAGUAGCUAUUCUCUUGAUUUAUGACAGUAUAAAUGUCUGAAAAUUUUAAAGCAAAUGAAAUAAUCUUUAUUUUCUAAAAUUUUUAUCAUAUAUUACAAUAAGAUUCAAGGUCAGCUUAUAAAAAAACUUUCAAGACCACAUCAUUAUGUGUAUUCUGACUUUUGAGGCCUUUUUGGAAUGUGAUUAAGAUUGUUUUGACUGUGCCCUUUUUUUCCUACCUGUGGUAAUCAUUCCCUCUGAAGUUUGGUUUUUAAAAAUUUAUAUUGUUACCAUGCCUAGCUUAUAGGUAAGUAAUAGAUUCUGCCUAUGAAGAUGGGAGCUUAUAUGAAUAACAAAUUAUGGUAAUUCACAGUGAGAUUCCCUGAAGUCUCAACCCCUUUCAUUAUAUUUGACUUUACCAUUUUGAAUAAUAUUUACUCUUUAUGAACAUAUCUUUGUUAAAAUAUAAAAACAGCUGAGCAUGGUAGCUCCUGCCUGUAAUCCCAACACUUUGGGUGGCUGAGGCAGAAGGAUUGCUUGAAUCUAGGAUUUGAGACCAGCUUGGGCAACAUAGCGACACCCCAUCUCUACAAAAAAUUAAAAAGUUAGUCCAGUGUGGUGGCACAUACCUUGUAGUCCUGGCUACUCAGGAGGUUCAGGUGGGAGGAUCCGUUGAACUCAGGAGGUCGAGGCUGUGGUGAGACAUGAUUGCACCACUGCAUUCCAGCCUGGAUGACAGAGCAAGACCCUAUCUCAAGAAAUAAAAUAAGUAGAAUUAAAUGUUUACAUAUUUCUGUGAAAUGAAGCAGAAACAAGUUGACUUUUUCAUCAGAGAUCAAUAUAUGUAAUAAUAAAGCAAAGUUGUAACUGAAUUUACAAGUUAAUAUAUCUAAUCAAUAGAAAACAGAUAAUUGCUUUUAAUUAUGUCAUUUAAUAAAAAGAUUCAUGAGUAGAUUGUUGAGGGAGGGAUAUUUUCCUUACUAGCUUCUGUAAGUUGGACUGGUUUUUAUUUUCUAGUUAUCCAUCAAAUACGUAAGAAAUAAAAAUGAAUAAUUUAUAUAGCAGCAGAAAUAAAAAUUUGUGCACUAGGGUCCUCAAACUAGGUUUUGCCUUUCAUAGGCUUUUUAAUUAGGCAGACUUGAAAACAUAGGUUAUUUGAAGCUCAGAAGACUAAAUUUUUAAAGCAGGGGAACUUUACAGUCUUCAAAAAAUAAAAAAUCACACACUAAAAUACUGUUCUUUUCUGAAACAAAAAAGCAUAAUAAAAUAAAAAGCAUCUUUCAAGACUGUAUAUUUGUUAUAACAGUCUUGUAUGUGAAAUGUCUUGUUUUAAUUGGUAUUUCCAGUUGAGCUUCUUUUAUUAUUUUUUAGGAGCUCUCUAGAUAUAUAUUAGUUGUUGGGAAUUAUGUAUUGCAAAUAUUUUAUUUACUUUUUCAUCAAGUAAGCUGACUUUCUAGGUCGAUUUGAAUUUUUAGAUAGUUAUAUUUUUCCAUUUUUUGUUUUAUCUAUGCUGUUAAAAUAUUUUGAUUGUUGCUUUUAUUUCUUUAAUUCAUGUUAUUUUUAAAUAUGCAGCGAGGUGAGAAGUCUAACUUUGGUUUCUUGCAAAGUUAAAAAUCUUAUUUUUUAUUGAAUGACCCAUACUUUUCCCAUUGAUUUGAGAUGCCACAUAAAUUUAUUUCUGUCUUCUCUGUUCUUGUUGUUUGUUAUCUAUUUCUGUCCCAAUAUUGUUUUGUCAGUGUAGCAUUUUAUUUUGUUUGUAUACCUAAUAAGGCAGGUCUACUCUUCAUCAUUGUUUCUAUUUGUUUUAAUGGAACAUGUUAUGUCAUUGUAUUUAUUUUUAUAGUGAUGCUAAAUGCUGACAGGAGGAAGGUUAUUAAUAACCCAGUAUAACACAGUACUUGAAAGUGCUGGGUUUUGACUCAGGUAGAAUUGAGUUUGAAUACUAAUACAUGAAUUGAGAGGUAAAUUUUUUCACCUCUUUUAACUUCUGUUUCUUAAUGAGAUGACAAUAAUGUCUACAUGACAGUCAGUCUAAAGUUCUUUUGCUAAAAUAUUUUAUAGGAGUUCCUGGGUACUCAUACAUUAAAAAAAAUUCCUAGCUAAAUUCUAAAACAAAAUUAUGAAAAUACGUGUUAAAAAAUUCUUUUACUGCCUUGCAGCUAUAGUAGAAUCAGAGGUUGGUUGGAAGGUACCUUUACUAUACAAGUCUAUUCAGCAGCCCCAAGGUGGGUUUGUCUUAAACCAACAGAUGAAAAUAUUUCCUGCUUUCAAAGAUCUUCAGUGAAAGAAUCCUCUAAUGAACAAGACAGAGGUUUUCCCUGAGCUUUUGAAUAGUGCUUUUUCCACCAUCAUGGCAUUUAUUACAUCUCCAUUUGGAUAUACAUUGGCUGGUGCUAGAAAUUCUUUACAUGCUGGGUGAAAAAUUGAAACAAGUUGUAUAUGGUCAUCAGUUUAUGAAUCUGGCAAGUGACAAUUUAACCAAUGUCAGCCUACUUGAAGAACAUUGUGAAACUCUCCUUUGUGAUUUAAUAAGCCUGUCACUCAACAGGUAUGACAAGGUUAGGCCUUCUGAAUCAUUAAUGAGUGACCAGUGUCCAUGUUUAUGCAUUAAAGAAUUAUGGGUUCUACUUAUUCAUCUUCUAGACCACAGAAGUAAAUGGUCUGUCUCAGAAUCAUUUUGGAACUGGUUGAAUAAACUACUUAAAACACUGCUUGAAAAAUCAAGUGACCGAAGAAGAUCCUCUAUGCCUGUAAUCCAGUCCAGGGAUCCAUUAGGUUUUAGUUGGUGGAUUAUUACUCAUGUAGCAUCAUUUUAUAAGUUUGAUCGCCAUGGAGUACCAGAUGAAAUGAGAAAAGUGGAAUCAAAUUGGAACUUUGUAGAAGAACUGCUGAAAAAGUCCAUCAGUGUUCAGGGUGUCAUUCUAGAAGAACAAUUACGAAUGUAUCUUCACUGUUGUUUGACACUUUGUGAUUUCUGGGAGCCAAACAUUGCAAUUGUUACCAUUUUAUGGGAAUAUUAUAGUAAGAACCUGAAUAGUUCCUUCAGUAUUUCUUGGCUUCCUUUUAAAGGCCUUGCUAAUACCAUGAAGUCACCCUUGUCUAUGCUUGAAAUGGUGAAGACUUGCUGUUGUGAUAAACAAGAUCAGGAACUGUAUAAAUCCAGCAGUAGUUAUACUAUUUUUCUUUGUAUUCUGGCAAAAGUUGUUAAAAAAGCAAUGAAGAGCAAUGGCCCUCAUCCUUGGAAACAAGUCAAAGGAAGAAUAUAUUCAAAAUUCCAUCAAAAAAGAAUGGAAGAACUAACUGAAGUUGGUCUACAGAACUUUUUUAGCCUUUUUCUACUGUUAGCAGCUGUUGCAGAGGUAGAAGAUGUUGCAAGUCAUGUUUUAGACCUCCUGAAUUUCCUCAAGCCUGCUUUUGUAACGUCUCAGAGAGCCCUCAUUUGGAAGGGUCACAUGGCCUUCCUCUUGAUGUAUGCCCAGAAAAAUCUGGACAUUGGUGUUUUGGCUGAGAAAUUUUCAUGUGCUUUCCGGGAGAAAGCAAAAGAAUUCUUGGUGUCUAAGAAUGAGGAAAUGGUACAGAGACAGACUAUCUGGACACUUCUUUCCAUAUACAUUGAUGGUGUUCAAGAAGUGUUUGAGACCAGCUAUUGCUUGUAUCCUUCCCAUGAAAAACUGCUUAAUGAUGGAUUUAGUAUGCUUCUGCGAGCAUGCCGAGAAUCUGAACUUAGGACAGUAUUGAGCUUUCUACAAGCUGUUCUGGCCAGAAUCAGGAGUAUGCAUCAACAAUUGUGUCAGGAACUUCAAAGGGACAAUGUGGACCUAUUUGUACAGUCUUCAUUAUCAGCUAAAGAGCGCCACCUUGCUGCAGUUGCCAAUGCACUGUGGAGACACUUCUUUUCAUUUUUGAAGAGUCAGAGAAUGUCACAGGUAGUGCCUUUCUCACAACUUGCGGAUGCAGCUGCAGACUUUACUUUGCUAGCAAUGGACAUGCCAAGCACAGCUCCAUCAGAUUUUCAGCCUCAGCCAGUUAUAUCAAUUAUUCAACUUUUUGGUUGGGAUGAUAUCAUCUGCCCUCAAGUUGUAGCAAGAUAUUUAAGUCAUGUCCUGCAAAAUAGCACAUUAUGUGAAGCACUUUCUCAUUCAGGCUAUGUAUCUUUUCAAGCCUUAACCGUAAGAUCAUGGAUUCGUUGUGUUUUGCAAAUGUAUAUUAAAAACCUCUCUGGGCCUGAUGAUUUGCUCAUAGAUAAAAAUUUUGAACAGGCAGUUGAAAAAGAGUACAUGAAACAGUUGGUUGAACUGACAAGGUUACUAUUUAAUCUCUCAGAAGUAAAGAGUAUUUUCUCAAAGCCCCAAGUUGAAUAUUUAUCCAUCUCAGAAGACCCUAAAAAAGCACUUGUUCGAUUCUUUGAGGCUGUUGGUGUAACUUACGGGAAUCUCCAGACACUUUCUGAUAAAUCUGCCAUGGUCACAAAGUCCUUGGAAUACCUUGGUGAAGUAUUAAAAUAUAUUAAGCCUUAUUUGGGAAAAAAAGUUUUCAGCGCAGGGCUGCAGCUGACUUAUGGAAUGAUGGGAAUUCUUGUGAAAUCAUGGGCACAAAUCUUUGCCACCUCUAAAGCCCAAAAAUUACUAUUCCGGAUCAUAGAUUGUUUACUGCUGCCACAUACAGUGUUACAGCAAGAGAAGGAACUGCCUGCACCUAUGUUGUCAGCAAUUCAGAAAAGUCUUCCUUUGUAUCUCCAGGGCAUGUGUAUCGUGUGUUGUCAAUCUCAAAAUCCGAAUACCUAUUUGAAUCAAUUGCUAGGGAAUGUUAUUGAGCAGUAUAUUGGGCGAUUUCUUCCAGCUUCACCAUAUGUUUCAGAUCUUGGACAACAUCCUGUUUUGUUGGCAUUGAGAAACACAGCCACUAUUCCGCCAAUAUCAUCUCUAAAGAAAUGCAUUGUACAAAUCAUAAGGAAAUCCUACCUUGAGUAUAAGGGGUCCUCACCUCCUCCUCGCUUAGCAUCCAUUCUGGCCUUCAUCCUCCAACUCUUCAAGGAAACUAACACAGACAUUUAUGAAGUUGAACUACUCCUCCCUGGCGUUUUAAAAUGCUUGGUGUUAGUCAAUGAAUCACAAGUUAAAAGGCUGGCCACAGAGAACCUGCAAUACAUGGUAAAAGCCUGCCAAGUGGGGUCAGAAGAAGAACCUUCCGCCCAGCUGACUUCUGUGUUUAGGCAGUUUAUCCAGGAUUAUGGUAUGAGGUACUAUUAUCAGGUUUACAGCAUUUUAGAAACAGUAGCAACAUUGGACCAGCAGGUUGUCAUCCGCUUGAUUUCUACCCUCACUCAGUCUCUGAAGGAUUCAGAGCAGAAAUGGGGCCUUGGCAGGAAUAUAGCACAAAGGGAAGCCUAUAGCAAACUUUUGUCUCACCUUGGACACAUGGCACAAGAUGAGAUGCAGAGACUGGAAAAUGAUAAUACUUAAUAUAUUUUGUGAUUCAUCCUGUCUAUUAAUUAUCAGUAUCUAAAGCCACAUUGUUCCACUCCAAUUCCUACUUUUAAUUGAUUGUAUAAUGUUCUGUUUAAAAUAAUUUCUAGGAUUUUUUUCCUUUUAUAUCUGUAAGUAAAAAAUGUAUAAAUAAGGAACUGAAGGUUAAUUAGCAACUAUGUAAUAGGAUCCUUGGAACUUUUUACAAAACUGCAUUCUACCUUGAUGAAAUUUUAAACUAAAUUAAAGAAACUUUUUCUGAGAGUGUUUUCUGUGUAUAAGUAUUAAGCAGAUACUUCAUCCAUAGACUUUUUGUUGUAAUAUGACUUCUGCCUCCCUGCCUUGUGACUGAUUUGUAAUGUUUAUUUUUUAUUUUUACAAUAAUAGUUAUGUUUUAAAAUGAUACUUUUUCAAAGUACCUGGAUACCCUAUACUGUGUUUUUGGUGGGGGAAAGGUGUUGGGAAAUGUGACUGUAUAUUUGUUUUUAUUUUUUAUAUGUGUGAGGCAAGUUACCAAAGAAAACCCUUACAAAGCACACUUAACUGUGUUAGGAAUGAGACUGAAUCUGGCUAAAGGAUUAUACAGCUGAUAUCCAAAAAGAAAUGUAAACAUGCCAACAGGGUUUUAUUUAGGUUCCAAGAGUUGCCAAAUUUUUUCUUUAUUCAUCCUUUCUUUUGGAAUUGUCAUUAAAAAAAAAAUCAUAUCAGGAGGAGGAAAUAAAGGAGACUUUAAGAGGAGAAUAAAUAAAAAUAUUCUAGAAAAGUAAUAAUAGUAGUGAUCUGAGAAGUCAGCUGAUCUAUCUUCUUGCUCUUUAGCCAGAGCUUCUUAUAACCUAGCAUUUUAUCCAAGAAACCUGUUUAGUUUCCUUUAACAACAUUGUUUCUCAACUUUUGAACUCUUACCUCAUCCAGAUUGUUUUACCAGUUGGAGCUUGUCCUUGACUCCUUUUCCUAUUGAGCAUUUGGUUGAAAGAGCUCCAGUCCUAGUUUUGGGAACCCACCUGGGUCUCAAACUCAGCUUUGCUUUAUGAUCUUGAGCUAGUUACGUAACCUUUCUCAGUCUAGUUUCUUCAUGGAGAAGAAAAGAAGAAUCCCUUUACUAUUUGACAAUGUUAUUGUGAGAAUCAAUGGGAUAAUGUACGUGAAAAUAUUUGGCGGCCCAAAUUCUGUUGGGAAAUGUACAGACAUGAUUAGUUUAUUACUCGUGCACAAUUAAGGCAAGGAACACCUCUCAAUUUUAUCUUUCUCUAAUGAUAUGUCCCAGAUGAAUGAUCCCACUUUCCAAUGUUUUCUUACAUCAUGUUUUCUAACUUUGAAGUACUUUGUUUCCUUCUUGGGAUUAUAGUCUUUAUCAUGGUUCUACUCUUCUUCAAGAAAACAUUUCAACCCUUCUCUGGCUCAAGGAGUAUCUUUAAAAAUGAAAUACUUUGCAAUCAGCAUUCUGUGGCUAAUAGCGUUCUCUUAAUUGUAAUCUGUGAAAUCCAAAGAAGUAUCUGUUAUUUUCAUAACAUAUAAAUGGUCCUUCUCUCAAAUCAACUUCAUCAAAGAGAAUAAAUGAAAGCUUAAGGCUGCUUAAUAGACUUCAUAACACUGAAUUUCUUUUCAUCAUGAUAGUGACUUACUAAACAAAUAAUGUAUGGCUUGGAAAGUUCCAGCAGUCACUAAGGAGUUUUAUCUAUUUAAGGUGAUGCCUUUAAAGAGGUUAUUUAUGUGUAUAUGUGUGUGUGUGUGUAUAUAUAUGUGGGUUUUUUUUUUCCCAAAGGAGAUUGAUAAAGAUAUCUUUGAGAAUCUUGCUCCUUAGAGUAUGAAACGUUUAAAGGAUAGGAAAAGCUGCUACUGAAUCAUGCUUUAGGACAUAUAUCUGUAGAUACUAAGAAUAACUAAAAUUCAUACUUAAGAAUGGUAACAGCAAAGUCUGUAACAAUUUGUGUGUGUUAUAUGUUUUGUAUUUAUGUAUAAGUAAUUUUUUAAAGCUUUUUUUUAAAUUGAAGAAAGAAGAAAAUUUAUAGCUGAGUUCCUUUUUUUAAAAAAUCUUCACUGAUCCUUCAGUUAGUACUACAAUCUUGCCCUCUUUCAUUCCCAGACUUGGAGUCCCUUAUACCUGCUUCUUUAAUAGCCACUUUCCCUAAAUACCCUGUAAUUUCUGAGGCUGCUGCUUCUACCAGUGUAAUAUAAGCCAUUCUCUUUUGGUCAAUCUGAGUUUGUUCUCCUUUCUCAUGUUCUUUGUCCUCUCUGUGACAAUUGUAUUUUCUUUUAUCUUCCCAUCAUUUCCACAAUGGUACUGCUCCUUCCUACAUAUACAGUUGACCCUUGAACAACACAAGUUUAAACUGUGCAGGUCCACUUAUAUGUGGAUCUAAAAUACAGUAUUUGUGGGAUGCAAAAUCUGAGUAUAUGGAGGACCAACUUUUUGUAUAGGCAGGUUCCUCAGGGUUAACUGCAGGACUUGAGUAAGUGCAGAUUAUGGUAUGCACAGGGGAUUCUGGAACCAAUCCCCAGACCAAAAAUGACCACUGUAUCUUGAGAGCACCUUCAUGGUCUUCUUUCCUGUCCCCAGUCGUAAGAUAUGACCCUUCAUCUGCUUUGUCUCAACAUUCUGUUAGUGGUGAACUGAUAACUCCAGCUUUUCUCCCUCUUUUUUUUUUUUUUUGUUUUGUUUUGUUUUGAGGCGGAGUCUUGCUCUGUCGCCCAGGCUGGAGUGCAGUGGCACGAUAUCGGCUCACUGCAAGCUCUGCCUCCCGGGUUCAUGCCAUUCUCCUGCCUCAGCCUCCCGAGUAGCUGGGACUACAGGUGCCCACCACCACGCCCGGCUAAUUUUUUUUGUAUUUUUAGUAGAGACGGGGUUUCACCAUGUUAGCCAGGAUGGUCUCAAUCUCCUGACCUCGUGAUCCGCCCGCCUCGGCCUCCCAAAGUGCUGGGAUUACAGGCGUGAGCCACCUAGUGCUAAUUUAUCUCUAAACCUCUGUAGUUGGAGUCUCCUGAAAUCUCAAGGCAACAUGUCAAGCUACCCAUGUCACUUGCUAUUUCAGACUACCUCCUGCUUUCAUUUUCAACCCAGGGAAUAUACUAUUGUCCUAAGUUAUUUAGCCUUGAAAUGUCAGAGGCAUUUUAGGUUCUUCAUGUUUCUCCCACUUUCAGUUGAUUACCAUUACAGGAUCUUAGGCUUCUUUUUAUCUUUUUGCAUUGCCUUGCACCCACUGGUUUGUUGUUUUUUCUGUUGGGCACUACUUAUUUCCUUACCUCUGGUUUCCUCUCCUACAGCUUAUGUUCUGAAAUGUGUAUUCCUAAAAUACUGUUUUCCUCUUGUUACUUUUCUGCUCAAGGACUUCCCAUAACUUACCAUUGGUUUAUAAGGUGAUGUUCAAACCCUUCAGUCUGGAGACUUUCUGCCACCUGACUGUACCUUUUAUCUUCAAGCUUAUCUCUUUCCGAACAAGAGGCUCAUUAGCAGCUUUCUCUGAUUGCCAUGUUCAUCCUACACUCAGCCUCAUUCAGUUUACAGUGUGGAAACUGUAUAGGACCUCUUUCCUAUAGAAAUUGAAGACACUUAAAUAGGAAGAAAAUUAAAAUAUACAUUUGGAUACAUGAGUAUUCCAGUCAAAUAAUAUCUAUAAGAUACCAGAUAGAGUAUAAAAGACAAUUGAAGGACAACAGAGUAAUGAAAAGACUUUAUUAGGCAUUUGGAUUUGGUUAUGAUUUAAAUUUCAAUUUAAUUAGAACGUUUCCAUGGCGAGGAAGGAAGCAUGGAGGACUGUGGAAAAGUCAUUCAGUAUUGAGUUCAUUUGCAUUAGAGGAAUUUCAUAGUUUAAAACUUGUAUAUCUUUACCUAUCCUUCGUAUGUUUUCUUCUUAAGCAUAUUUGACUUUUUCUACCUCAGCAUCUGUAUAAGAAAAUAUUUGUGAGUCAGAUGUUUGUGGGUUUUCAUUACCUAUUAUUAUUUUCUUCCAUGCUUUACAACACAUUUUUUAAACUACCUUGUUCUUAAAUAAUUACACGGACCUGUUUCCGUGUACUUUCACAGAAUCUUUGACAGUUAAAAAUUAUAUGUUAUAUAAAAAUUUGACAAGCUUCUACAGUUAGGAAAAGCCUUUAGAAAUCUGCCUUCCCCAAACCGUAUGUUAUCAUAGCACUCAUGUCUCCCCAUGUCUAAAAGGUAAAUAGAUACAGAAACCUCACCAAAAGUUGAAUCAUCUGUACUAAACCACUGCUUUUUUAUCCAGACUUUUUAUAUAAAUCUUUUAUUUUCCAAAAAACUGAUCUUUUACCUACCCCUCUUAGAGUUAAAAAUAUUGCCUUGUCAGGCAAGAGUAUAGUAUGCCAAUAUAAAUAAUAUGCUUUAUUUGGUUAGAAACAGUUGGUUUGGGAAGCUAGCAACAUAGCAUAUUCUUCAUAAAUUUAAUAAGAUAUGUAUAUUUUGAUACUGUGAUAACCUGCAUUGUAAAUUACCAAAUGGUUGGAAUUGACCAGUUUAUACUUAUUAAAAUUUUUGAUGUGCCAAUGGCUAUCCAAUUCAUUGCAUUUGUGAAUUGUGCUUUUAGAAAAAUUGUGGACAUUUUAGUUUUAUAUACAUAUUUAUGAGUUAUUUGUGCAUAUGAUAAAAAUUAUAUAUAAUAAUAAAAGUAUAUCUUUAACU